CGCAUCUCCCUGUUACAGGUUGUGCCUGUACGAGGCAGGAGGAACCUGAAUGUGAAUCAUUACGCCAAUAAGAAGAGUGCAGCGGAGAGCAUGCUGGAUAUCGCCCUGCUGAUGGCCAACGCUUCCCAGAUGAAAGCUAUAAUCGAUCAGGGACCUUCGUUCUCCUUCUACGUCCCACUCAUCAUUCUGAUCACGUUAUCCCUCUUUCUCCAGGUCAUAGUCGGAGUGCUCCUCAUCUUCAUUGUAAAAUAUGACCUGAAUAAUCCCGCCAAACACGCCAAACUGGACAACCUUGAAAAUGCCGCCACUGGCCUUGUGUUCAUCAUUGUGGUGAUCAACAUUUUUAUUACAGCAUUUGGAGUGCAGAAACCAUCGGAGGGACCUGCAAAAGUAUAGAACUGAAGAAAGAUAUUUAAGGACUAAAAGAGAAGAUUUAUCACAUAGAUAUCCAAUACUAUAUACUGUAGAACAUAUUUGUAAUGAAGCUAUUGGUUACCAAGACAUUUCAUGACUUCCCAUUUACCUACUUCCCUUGGAUGCAACAUUUGGAAUGAAUUCUGGAAACUUUUGAUGCUCCCUCUGGGCAAAUUUUAAGACAAGACACAUGGAAGUUAUUUCGUUUUUGCUGUCAAUUAAAUCUCUGACGUGUUGUAUCCCUCAGAGAAUACAGGAGUUAGCAGAGCAGAGAGCAAUACUGAUCCGCUGAGGUCUCCCUGGACCAGAACUGAGCACUUAGCAUGUAUGACUAUCACACCGAUUCAUCACCCUUUUUUUAUUCCACAAUAAUGGGCAUUUACAAGAUGAUGCAAACUGGAGAAAGUCAAUGGAUCGCAUGCUGCACGACUCCUACAUAUUAUCCCAAGUGUAUCUAACGUUGUGGUGGUCAUGCUGGAUGGUCUCUCUAAGCUGAACUACCAAAAUAUCACACAAUCCCCCCCUGUGAUGCUGUCCACUGUACUGUAGCCAAGUACUAGGAUGAUGUAUAUACUCUAGUUUUUUUUCAAAUAUAUUUUUUAACAUUUUAGUUAAAUUAAGGAACAAAAUGAAAGAACAAGUUUGUACUGUUAUACCGAGCCUUAACUGGUUAAAUUUAAAGGGGUAUUCCAGUUAUUUCAAGUUAUCCCUUAUCCACAAGAUAUGGGAUAUCUAUUAGGUCAGUGGGGGUCCUACUUUGGGACCCCAACCAUCAUGAGAACAGUGGCUCUGUACCUUGUGAGGACCCCCUGAAAUGAAUGAAGUGGCAGGUCGAGUGUGUGCACUGUGGCUCCAUUCAUAUCUAUGGGUCUGCCGGAAAUAGCAGAGCGCUGUACUCGGUUAUCUCCUGCAGUCCUGUAGAGAUGAAUGGAGUGACUUGGUGCUCCAUUUAUUUUGGGCAUCCCUGCAGGGUGUGGGGCCCUCAUGAUCAGUGGGGGUCCCAGCUGUCUGAUUCCCCCACCAAUCUAAUAGUUAUCCAGUAUACCCUGGAUAGGGGAUAUCUUAGAAUAAACGGAAUACCCCUUUUUAAAGGGGUUAUCCCAUAAUAUCCUCAUAUCCUAUAGUACAUGACAGUCUCUUUCUAACAAAUUUAAAACCAGCCCUGUACCUCCCAUAGAUCCAGACAUCUCCCCCUUCGUUGCUCCAGUUGUUCUGCUAUAUUUAUUUCAAGCUGGCAGCUUAGGGGGCAUGUCCUUUCUACUGCAGCUGGUGGCAUGUGCAACUGAGCAUGUGCGUCCAUCUGAAUGAGCAGGACAGAGAAUUUAGAAAAAGAGCAAACAGCAGGUGGCGCUAUACAGAUAGAGUCCAGUGAAUAACUUAGUGGCUGCACGAAAUGUUUAAUUGCAUGCGGUUACAAAAGUAUUCAGAUCCAGGGGCUGGUUUUAAAAUUGUAGAAUAUUUUUAAUGGGACAACCCCUUUAAGUAAAAAAGGGAAACAUAUGCAAAAUGUAUAGGGCUAUUUGGGUCUAAGUUGCUGACAGUAAUUCUUAUGCCAGUAAGUAAACCAAGCCACAGAUGCCCUAUGGUUUGGUGUACAGCUUACAGUUUUGUCAAUGGUUGAAACUGGCUUACAACUCUAAAUAAAGGGCUUGUCUCAUGAGGACAACUCCAGCCCAUAUGCCCUAUUAGAGCAUGUGUACAUAAUAUAGGGAGAGGUCUAAUGCUUUGGACCCCCCCCCCUCCCCCCCACUCUAUGAGCCAGAAGGGAGAGGCGUUCUAUACGUGCAGCUUCGGUUCUGGAGGACCAGAGCUUUCCUUGUAUUACAAGGACAGCCUUUAAUUGGAAUGACUGCCAUCUUAUAUUACAUAUCACCUGCCAAAGAGGAAAUACCUGGCUGCCAUGUCCUGAGGAUAUUGGGACGGGAACUAGUGCGAUCAGCCGAUUGCCCCAUCGGUCUCUUUUUGAAAGGGGCUCUUUGUGAUCAUUCAACCCCAGACUUGAUGGUUUCAUUAAGCCUACUCUAGGUUUACAUGAGCUCUUAGGUCUCAAGUCAUAGAAGGCCCCUGUCUACUCUAGCUGUUGACCCGUCCUCUGACUAAAGGCUUAUGUACCAGAGAGGACCCGUGUCUUAAACAUCUGCAGGCAUCCUUUCCACAGGUCCAACAACUUUGGCAACCAGAGAUGUGGGGAAUUAACCCAAGAACUAUGAGAAGGAGAUUAGGGAAGGGGCAAACAAGCACACAACCUCUUCUCCUAGCGUAGUCCAGAUGUGGUGGUGUUAACCAGCACCAGAAUCUGACCUUCUUUUUAUUUUUCAGCGAUGCUAUACAUACACUCACCUAAAGAAUUAUUAGGAACACCAUACUAAUACGGUGUUGGACCCCCUUUUUCCUUCAGAACUGCCUUAAUUCUACGUGGCAU